AUGUCUCACAUAUCUUAUCCAUUUAAGAAAACAAAUAAAGCUGUGUACCAGAAGCCAGCAUCUGUUCUUACAGAAGAUACAAUUUAUUGGAAGAAAUUAGGGCUACCAGUCUUAGUAAAGGAGUUCGGAGCGAUAGACUAUUUAGACUUCAGUCCUGUAGAACCUUAUUACUUUGCUGCAACAUGCUCUGUCAGAGUCCAGGUAUAUGAUCCAAUUACAAAAGUUGUAACAAAAAACAUUUCAAAAUUUGUGGAAGCUGCAUAUGGAGCCACAUUCCGAGGAGAUGGAAGGCUCUUAGUUGCUGGCAGUGAAGAAGCUGUUGUGAAACUAAUUGAUAUUCAGUCCAAGAAUAUCCUCCGAGUGUUUACUGGUCAUACAGGACCUGUUCACAGAACAUACUUUACAAAAGAUCAAGUUAAAAUUUUAAGUUAUUCUGAUGACAAAUCUGUUAAUUUAUGGGAUAUAGCCACAGAAGAAAAACUAGCCACAUUCUCAGAACAUACAGAUUAUGUGAGAGCAGGAGCUGCUAGCCCUAUCUCACCAGAUAUAAUAUUAUCUGGCAGUUAUGAUCAUACCGUCAAAUUGUAUGACUGCCGAUCUAAUGAAACAGUUCUCACUGUUAACCAUGGUUGUCCAGUUGAAUCAACACUAUUCCUACCUUCAGGAGGAAUAUUUAUAAGUGCAGGUGGUACAGAAAUUAAAGUUUGGGAUAUUUUUAAUGCUGGAAAAUUACUAGCAAAUAUUUCACAACAUCAUAAAACUAUUACAACUCUUGGACUAGCCAGUAAUAAUAGUAGACUUAUGUCUGCUUCUUUAGACAGACAUGUAAAGAUAUAUGAUAUCUCUACUUUUAAAGUUAUUCACAAUAUUGAUUUCCCCAAUGCAGUACUAAGUAUGGCCAUAUCCAAAGAUGAUGAUACUCUGGCAGUAGGGAUGAUUGAUGGUAUAAUUUCUGUACGAAAGAGAGAAAAGCCAGCCCGCCUUGCUGAUGAAAAAAGAGGUUUGUUUAAAUUUGCACCAGAUCACAUUCAAACUUCAAUUGUAGAAGAGGCUAAAACAAAAGAAAAAUUAAAUAUAAGCCCAGAAUCUGAUAAGUUCUUAAGAAAGAUGGAGUUCACUAAAGCCCUUUCUGCUGUUUUAAAAACUUAUGUCGCUACAAAAUUUCCGGAAAAAACAACAGCAUUAAUUCAAGAAAUGCUUAGGCGAAAAGUUCUUCAUGUAGCUAUGGAUGGACUAAAUGAAAAAGACAUAGGCAGACUACUUAAAUAUUUUAAGAAGAAUGUUGGAGAGACCAGAUUUUCUAGAGUAAUCAUAGAUGCAUCAAAUGUUUUUGUUGAUGUUUUUGGAAAUCAUGUAAAAACCUUUUCUGAAUCUAAUAAAUUUUUAUACACAUCACUAGGAAAAGCUAUUGAAGAUGAAAUAGACCUCUGUAAGAGGAUAUGUGAAUUGGAAGGUGCUAUUAAUCUACUAAUGGCUGGAGCUCAAAUUAGCAGCAGUAAUGAUACUAUAGAAAUUAAUGACACCUUUACACCAUCAUCAAAAGCACAGAAAGAUAUCGUAAUUGAUAUAUAA